AUGGCGGGAUACGACGAUCCUCCCCCCUUUAGAGACGGAAGCAGCGCACGAUCAGGCAGCACGGAUCCACACACCGAUCUGUACGCGCUAUUGCACGUCUCGCGCGAUGCUUCCGACGAUGAUCUGAAACGCGCGUAUCGGCAGCUCGCGUCCGUCUACCACCCUGACAAGUACCCCUUUCCGCAGAUGCAAGAUGUCGCCAAGGACCACUUUCAGCGGAUCCGAUCCGCGUACGAAGUGCUUUCUGAUCCGGCCAAGAGACAGGUGUACGAUCUGUACGGCAUAGAGGGCGUGGUUUCGGGCAUGGAGCUGGGCCCUCACCUGCGCACGAGGCAGGAGAUACGCGAGGAGUGGGAGCGGGCGCAGAGGAGGAGGGAGGAGCUCAAGGCGGCCAUGCGCACUCAGCACUCCUCCUCCAUGUUGCUCUCUGUCACCGCUGCUGACGCUAUCGCCUCGGGCUUUGAGCGUUUUCCUAGAAUCACUGGCAUGCAGAUGUCGACUCAGGUGCAGGCAGCGUUAUCAGACAAGGACACGCUCGUGCUGGGGGGCUCCAUGCUGAUGAGGCGCGUGGCAGGGGGAGGGUCCAUGGUGGCGAUGUUUCGCCGGCAGAUAGACUCAUAUCAGACAGGGGAACUGGUGGUGGUGGUGGGCAUGCGCACUCAGCUCACCCUCUCCACUGCCAGACAAGUGUCGCCGUCCACAAAGGCGACAGCAGGGGUGACGUGGCAUGCUGACGACGGCUCGCUCUCAUUGGCCAAUUCGUGGACGUCUCAGAUCACCGAAUCCACUGCUGCAUCGAUCAAUAUUGGGUUGGGAGCCGAUGGUGGGGCAGGGGUGGGUUGGCACACACAGAAGGACAAAAACUCAUUUAAUGCAGAAAUUAAAGUGGGAGCGGGGCUGUCUUCUGGUGGCCUCACAGCCACAUUCGUGAGAAGGUUCUCAGAACAUUCGUCAGGAAGAAUACACGGCAGGCUCGGAACCACAGGAGCAGACGUGGAGGUGGGGGGCAGCAGGAAGAUAUCAGACAACAGCUCUCUGGGCUUCUUUGUCACCAUGGGCCUGCAGGGCACUCUAUGGAAGGUCCGCUAUUCCCGAGGCGGUCAGAAGGUCACAUUGCCAAUUCUUCUCUCCCCCACUCUACGACCAGCCAUCAGUGUUCCAGCCAUUCUUAUACCCUCUGUCACAUAUGCUGUGCUGAAGCAUUGGGUGUUCAGCCGGUGGAAGCAGAUUCGAGAGGCUCGGCAGGACCGGGAGGUUCGGCAGAAGACAGCGAAGCAGGUCUGGGAGUCCAUGGCUGAGGCUCGGCAGCUACAGGACAUGAUGGCUCCGGUGGUAACCAGACGGGUUAACGCGUUACAGCAGCGGCCCAACGGCAACGCUCUUAUUAUUCUAUCUGCGAAAUAUGGGCGUCUAGGAGGAGUGGAGGAGAAGGAAGAAGGGGAGAAUCGGGAUAGUAGCAGCAGGAGUCGUGGUGAUGGUGAUGUUGGUGGUGGUGGUGGUGAUGGUGGUGGUGUUGGAAGGGAAGGGGAGGGUUCAGGUUCAAGAAUAGGGUCGAUGCUUAGAGGACUAAGAGGAUUGUUUACUAUUGGCCUAGGAGGAACAGGAGGGGAGGAGGGAGUGGGUGGAAGGGAAGAAGAGGAUGAGGAUGAGUGGGAGGAGGGGGAGGGGGAGGGGGGAGCAGACAGAGUGGUGUUGCCUCCUGCAGUGUGGGAUGUGCGCGUUCCUCUGCAGUUCCUGGUGGACGAUGCUACCAACACACUGCAGUUGCACGAGGGGGUGAGCAAGAAGGGAAUCAUGGGCUUCUGUGAUCCCGCACCUGGACUCCCCAAGAAGCUGCGAGUGCGAUACUCCUACAGGGGGGAGGAGAGGGAGGUUAUUGUGAAAGAUCUGGAGGCACUCUCACUACCCCUACCGCCAAGAGCGUCGUAG